GCAGCAGCAGCAGCAGCGACGCGCUUCAAACUUGGCAGCAGUCGCUUCCAGCUACUCCCCUUCCAACCGUCGGUUCCCAGCUUUCUGUUGUUUUUUCUCUCUCUGGACUUUUUAACUCAGUUUUUUUUCUUGUUUUCUUGUUUUUUUAGUAACGUGUCAGUGCGCUGUGUGCCGUCCACCGGGAGGAAUUACCGUGUUUUUUUUUUUUCUUCGCCUUUAGCCGAGGAGCGACGGGGGGAGAAAUGUCCAGCUGAGGACUGGAGAUCCUGAAAACCGCAGGGCCCUGUUUUUGUAAUGAUUGAUCAAAGCCUCGACUAUGGCGCUGAAGGCACAGGUUUUAUAUGACUUCUCUGCUGAGCCUGGAAACAAUGAGCUGACGGUGAAAGAGGGCGAGACAAUCACCAUCACCAACCAGAACAUUGGAGGCGGCUGGAUUGAAGCACAGAACUCCAGAGGAGAGGUUGGACUGGUGCCCGAGGACUACAUUGAGUUCAGUCAGCAACCUUCUGCGUUCCAAGGAGCAGGAACCACAGCACCUCCUCCGAGCGUAGGAAAUGUUGCAUCUGCGGAUCUGUCCUUCUUCGACGCAUACGCUCCUGCAUCGACACCUGCACCAAACCAGGUGGAUGCCGGGGGCUUGAGUCCCCAGCCGGACACCCCCGACACCCCAGUUUCCCCCUACCUUUCGUCCCCUGAUGAGGCUAGCAACGGCAAUGAUCCCUGGUCGGUGUGGAACGCAGACCCCUCCGGGGGCUCCAGCAACAACUGGGCGUCUAACCCGGAGGGCACCCAGACGGGGAAGAGCGCUGCUGACCCGUGGGGCUCCGUGUCACAGGGCCACCCGCAGGCCUACCAGGGCCCAGGGGCAGAGGAUGACGAGUGGGAUGACGAAUGGGACGACAUGAAGUCCACCAGCGGUUACGCCGAGUCAGAAGCUGGAGACGGUGGACAGUUUCAAAGAGGCGGAACUCAUGCAUCUGCAAUGAAAAUCUCCCUCAACAAGUUUCCUGGCUUCUCCAAGUCUGGUCCAGAGCUCUACCUCCUUAGCAAACAGCCUGCCAAGGGCAAGGACAAGCUGCCAAUUUAUAUGGGAGAAGUUGGUCCAGUGUGGUCUUACCCAGAGACCCAGCUAGACUGUGUGGUAGCUGAUCCUAAGAAAGGCUCAAAGAUGUACGGCCUCAAGAGCUACAUUGAGUACCAAAUCACACCCGGUACCACAAAUCGACCAGUCAAUCACAGAUACAAGCACUUCGAUUGGCUGUAUGAGAGGCUCCUGGAAAAAUUCGGUUCAGCCAUCCCCAUCCCUUCUUUACCGGACAAGCAGGUGACGGGCCGUUUUGAGGAAGAGUUCAUUAAGAUGCGGAUGGAGCGGCUGCAAGGUUGGAUGACCAGGAUGUGCAGGCACCCCGUUGUUUCCUGCAGCGACGUUUUUCAGCUUUUCCUCACCUACAAGGACGAGAAGGACUGGAAGAUGGGGAAGAGAAAAGCAGAGAAGGACGAGACAGUGGGGGUGAUGAUCUUCUCCACGAUAGAGCCGGACGCUCAGGACCUGGAUCUGGGAGAAGUGGAUCAGAAGUGCGAACAGUUCAGCAGGUUUACCAAAGCCAUGGAUGACGGGGUGAAGGAAAUCCUCACGGUGGGACACGAGCACUGGAAGAGAUGCACAGGCCCUUUGCCAAAAGAGUACCAGAGAAUCGGCAAAGCCUUCCAGAACCUGUCCUCUGUCUUCACCAGCAGCGGAUACCAAGGUGAGUCAACGCUGACCGACGCCAUGACAGCAGCGGGGAAGACGUACGAAGAGAUCGCUCAGAUGGUUGCAGAGCAGCCCAGGAAAGACCUUCACUGCCUCAUGGAGACCAACAAUGAAUACAAGGGUCUUCUUGGGUGCUUCCCAGACACCAUCGGCGUCCAUAAGGCAGCCAUAGACAAGGUGAAGGAGGCUGACAAGCUGGUGGCCACCAGUAAAAUUACCCCUCAGGACAAAGUCACCAUGGCCAAACGCGUCAGCACCAUGUCUUACGCAUUACAAGCUGAGAUGAACCACUUCCAUAGCAACCGUAUCUAUGACUACAACAGGGUCAUGCAGUUGUACCUGGAGGAGCAAGUCAAGUUUUACGAGACGAUCGCCGCAAAGCUGAAACAAGCACACAGUCAGUUCACUACCAUGUGAAGCACCGGCGGUCUCGCACUACAAGACAAGAAGAGUUAAAACCAGUUGAACAUUGAAAAUGUUUUUCGCUUAUAUUGCAUUCUCUUCCCUCCCUUUAAUUUAAGCCUCGCUUCUGUUUCACUGUUACCUCAUUUCAUUCCAACUGUCCCGGCUCGUGGUGUUGCCGUUGUCCGCUGCUCUCGGAGGUUUACGGAGUUCAUGAGCGCGUGAGAGAGCUUUGACACGAGUGGGUUUUAGGGGCAGCGGUGAUAACAGAAUGCACCACAGCAUUUACAUACACCCUUUCCUCUGUCCAAAGUUCACAGCUUGUAGCACAGGACCUGCGAGUUACGGCGGUUGCAGAUGUCUCCGUUGCAUGAGUCAAACCCCAGCGUUUCUCUGACGUGAUACAACUUUUAGUACAGCUUUGGGUGCAAACAUUAUAUCCGACUUUUAAAAAAAGCAAUAGCCUGCAGUUUUUCAGCCGUUCUUCCAGCGAAGGAUUUACGAAUGUGGCAAAACUAUUAUCUGCACAGUGAUGUAGUGACACCGAAAACCAAAGCCAUUCUCCGCUCUGUCAAUAGGAACAGCCAGGGAGUUCAUUUCUGAAUGCUGCUUCGAAAGCAUAUCCUCUGUGUGUGUCCACUGCUGGCAGUGCCUGACCCCCCUUUUCAUCCUGCACUUCCUCAAGAACCAUCAGGAAGCUCCACCUUUUUCCUGUCUUGCCACUCUAGGAAAAUAAUCGACUUAGCACCCCGAGUCUGUAGACUACGGCCCUGCAGUUUACACUUCUGAAGAAAAAUGUGGAUUAACUGAGGUUGAGCUGCACAUUUGAGCUGAAAGCCGGUGAAUCUGGAUCCAGCUGCAGACGGUGCCAAAAUAGUUUCCUCUCCCAGGACUCCUGAAAAAUAUUUGUCCUCGUCUGACCCGGUUGUGGUGUUUUGAUAUGAAGGUGUAACGACAACAUUCGCUCUGAGAAUUUGUACUAUAAGAAAAGAAAACUCUAUGGAUUGUGUCUUGUAUGAAGUUUUGCUUUUUUUUUGCUUUUCACCGCCCAGUUUUUCAAUCAGUCUCUAAUCUUGUUCACUCUCUUUUUUUCUUAUCACUUGAUACAUUAAAAAAAAAUAUACAUAAAAAUAUAUAUAUAAAUAUAUUCUAUUGAACCUUUCAGGUGCUUCUUGUCAUUGAGAUACUAUUUUAUGUAUAGAAGUAUUUGCAAUAUGGUGAGCGAAAAUUCUGUUUGAUUUAUUAAACAAUGAUUUGUACUCAU